AUGAGAAUUCUCGGUAUUAAAGACGCAAAAAUUAAUGACACCGCUUUGGAAGUGCACUUUGAUAAUGAAAAACUCGUAACAUUCGAGGACUGCUGGUUAAGAGAUCACUGCAGGUGUUCAGAAUGCUUCGUCACCAACACAAAUCUAAGGGCCAACCACCUAUUAGAAUUAUCAGAUGCCACCUUGAAGAGCGUUUCUGUCAACGGUUCCGAACUUCAAGUAACUUGGUCUGACAAUCACGAAUCAGUCUAUGACGCGGAAUUUCUGAUAGAAUUUGAUUUAAAGACGUGGGUAGACCGCAGAAGAAUCCACCCUGUCCUAUGGAGAGGGGAUGAGAUCGCUACUAAAGUCGGCAGAAUCUCUGCGGACAAAUUCCUCAACACAAAACAGGGGGCUAAGAUUAUCUUCCAAUCAAUAUUGGACUAUGGUGUUGCUUUUAUAGAUCAAGUGGAACCAACUCUUGAAGCAACAGCAGUAGUCUCCGAGGGUUUGGGUGGAAUCCAGAAAACCUUAUUCGGAGAUAUGUGGGACAUCAAAGUGGACGAAUCUCUCAACGACACGGCUUUUAUGAGUAUUGCUCUACCUCAACACACGGAUCUUUCGUCCUUCACCGACCCAGCUGGCUUACAACUACUCCACUCCCUAGAACACACGAAUGGACAAGGUGGCGAAACAGUUCUCGUUGAUGGAUUUUACGCAGCAGCCAAACUAAAGGAAGAACAUCCAAAGGACUAUGAAUUCCUGACGAAGUUCCCAGUGGAGGCUGAAUACAAGUUCAACGGACACUCAUUCAGACAUGGAGCACCAGCUAUUGAGUUAGACAUGAUUACACAGGACGUUAGACAAGUCAGAUUCAAUUCCUUCGAUCGCUCUCCGAUGGCGUUCGCGAACGGUGAAGAUUGCAGAGCGUAUUAUCGCUCCUUGAAACACUUCGCUGAGUACAUUGAAAACAAGAAGAACCACUGGCAAUUCAAACUGCAACCAGGCGUGGUCAUGGUGUUCGAUAACUUCAGACUGCUCCAUGGAAGAACUGGUUUCACAGGCAAGCGAGUUCUGGGUGGCACCUACGUCUCCAGAACUAACUGGAUGGACAAAGCCCGCGCCUUGGGGUCAGACGAUCACGAAUCUACCUACGAUGUGGAGUUCUUAUCGCAAUUCGAUUACGAGAAGUGGAGCGAAAGUCGUAGAACCAAACCAUAUCCGUGGCGCGGGACGGAUAUCGUGGAGAAAGUUGCAAAAGUUCCAGUCAACAAAUUCCUCAAUACCGACGAGGGCGCAAAGGCCGUGUUCCAGUCCCUGCUGAGUUAUGGCGUCGCGUUUAUUGAUGGGGUAGAACCAACACUUGCAUCUACUGAGGUUGUAUGCAGGGCAAUGGGGGGGAUACAACACACCUUGUUCGGUGGUAUGUGGGAAAUUAGACCUGAACCUGGAGUGAAUGACACAGCAUAUAUGAAUGUUGGUCUCCCUCAGCACACGGAUUUGUCUUCAUUCACUGAACCAGCUGGUCUCCAAGUAUUUCACUGUCUCCAACACGAUGGCACGGGAGGGGAGAGUGUUAUAUCUGAUGGAUUUUACGCAGCGAACAAAUUGAAGGAAAGUCAUCGUGAGGACUAUAACUUCUUGACGACAUUCGACGCGGAAGCCGAAUACGUCUUUAAUGAUCAUCAUUUCAGAUAUUCCGCACCGAUGAUAGAGCUCGACAAUUUUGGAGAUCUUAAACAGAUUAGGUUCAAUACGUACGAUCGAUCUUCCAUAGCGUUUAAAAAUGGCGACCAAUGCAACGCGUACUAUCAAGCAUUGAGGAACUUUGCGAAAAUCAUUGAGGACCCAAAAAAUCAUUGGCAGUUCAAAUUAAAACCAGGUUUAGUUAUGGUGUUCGACAACUUCAGAGCUCUUCACGGCAGGACUGAAUUUACUGGAAUGCGAGUGAUAGCUGGCAGUUACGUGGCGAGAACUGAUUGGUUAGACAGAGCGCGCACGUUGAAAUUGAUCAAAUGA